GAAUCUGCCCCUGGCCAUCGCCAUUUCCAUGCCCAUAGUGACCAUCAUCUACCUGCUGACCAACGUGGCGUACUAUGUGGUUCUGGACAUACCGUCACUGCUGGCCAGUGACGCUGUCGCUGUGACAUUUGGAAAUGCCGUCCUGGGGCCAUUCAACUGGAUCAUCCCUAUUUCAGUGGCCAUGUCUUGCUAUGGAGGACUCAAUGCUUCUAUCAUCGCUGCCUCACGGUUGUUUUUCGUGGGAGCCAGGGAGGGCCACCUGCCUGACAGUCUGAGUCUGAUUCACCUGCAGCGCUACACACCCAUACCUGCACUGUUGUUCAAUGGAUUAAUGGGUCUGAUCUUCCUGUGUGUGGAGGACGUGUUCCAGCUCAUCAAUUAUUUCAGCUUCAGUUACUGGCUGUAUGUGGGUCUGUCUGUGGCUGGCCUCAUCUACCUGCGUAUCACACAGCCAAACAGACACAGGCCUGUGAAG